AUGAUGAAUAUUAAAGAUUUUGAUAUUCAAUUUGAACUUGGAAGUGGUACAUAUUCAACAGUAUAUUAUGGAAAAAAUAAUAAAACUGGUGAAGUAGUUGCGUUGAAAGAAAUGAAAGAAUUUCGAGAAAAUUGUGGAUUUGCACAAACAACAGCGAGAGAAUUAAAAAUAUUACAACAAUUAAAACAUCAAAAUAUAGUUCGAUUAUAUGGAGUUACCACAAGUGAAAAAUAUUGUAAAGGAGAAGGAAAUAUUUUUUUAAUUUUUGAAUAUAUGCCCCAUGAUUUACAAAGUUUAUUAUAUUCAACUUCUACAACAUCACUAUUAUCUGUUGGACAGUUAAAAGGAUAUAUGAAACAAUUACUUAUUGGAAUACGUUAUUUACAUUCAAUAGGAAUUGUUCAUAGAGAUUUAAAACCAAGUAAUUUAUUAAUAAAUAAUGAAGGAUAUUUAAAGAUAGCUGAUUUUGGAUUAGCAAGACCAAUUACUUAUAGAGAAUGUAAUUAUAAUGUUAUUACUUUAAAUUAUAGACCUCCUGAAUUAUUAUUAGGUUGUACAUUAUAUGGUUCUGAAAUUGAUAUGUGGAGUAUUGGUUGUAUUAUUUUUGAAUGUUUUAUUAAACGUCCACCAUUUCAAGCAACAACAGAAGCUGAAACAUUAUCACAAAUUUAUUCGAUUUGUGGUUCUCCAAAUCCUAACAUUGCUUCUCAAUAUAAAUUUUGGAAAAAUUUAAUGCCAAAUCAAUUUUAUCCAAAUAGAUUAAAUGAUUUUCUUAAUCAGUGUCAAUGUAAUCAAAAUUUAUCUAUUUUACUUCAAAAUUUAUUAAACGUUAAUCCUUUAGAAAGAUUUUCAGCUGAUAAAGCUUUACAUUCUUCUUUCUUUACUUCUUAUCCUUUCCCCUUCUUUCCUUGGCAAAUGGUUAAAUUCCAAAGUACAUUAGAAACUCAUAUUAUCUCUAUGUCCCCUGCAACUCCUAUUGACUCACCACCUUUAAUUCAAUUUGUAUAA